UCCAUCUAAGCGAUUGAAAAAUCGACGAGAGCGCGAUAAGGGCUUAACAUCCGCCUCCCGGUGAACAGACACCUCGAUCUCGCACUCGAUUUGAUUCCCGGGAUCGCUGCUUGGAAUCCGCACGCACCGAUCUCAAAUCAGCCUGAUAUCUGGAGUCGUUUUUGUAGAAGUCGUAGAGGCCAAUUAAAGCCCUCCGUCGCCAUCGCUAGCCUAGCUAGCGCUCCUGUCCGUUGGGAAUGAUGUGAAAGUCAGAAAUGAUCGUUAGAAUAAACCGCGAUGUUCAGAAUCUGUUCCGUUACAUAUACCGAGACAAUUGAUCAACCUGACGGCUCGGCUGGUGUACGGGGGUUUUCUCGUUAAUUUCCGUUUUCACCGCGUAGCGACGUCAUAUUCGGUGGGCUUGACAGCUCUGAGCUUCAGUUGAAAAUAAUUAAUUUAGGCUUUUUCUUUUCUGGCAUUAUUGUCAUCUAUUUUAAGCUGAUUUUAUUUAUUUAUGUAUUUGACAAUUCGAACACGUUUAAAUAGACUGCCUCAAAAGGGAUCAUGAAAUCGUGAAUUUUAUUUGUAAUAAACUGGCGGUCCGUCGAGAAAUAAACACAUUUGUGCGCAGUUUUGGACGCCCGCUGGUUUUUGCUUUGGCUUUGAGUGUUGCAAGCAUCAGCGCGAGGUCAUGCGCGCCGCUGCCAAGCAGCUGUCAAUCAAGAUCGCGCACACGAGAUCGCUUUGAAUCGUCAUUCUAUUACAGUAUUUCACAACAGAAGCGUUCGACUUCUCAUUUCUGUCGCGUAGAGAGACUCGUAGUAGCAGGUGGAUUGGCCGAGCCCGCCAUGCCCGGUCCAGUGACCAGCAAAGCACGGGUGUAUGCUGAUGCCAACACUUUGAAGAGCAAGGAAUACUGGGAUUAUGAAGCACAUGUGCCUAGCUGGAGCAAUCAGGAUGACUACCAGCUUGUACGAAAGCUUGGAAGAGGCAAAUAUAGUGAAGUGUUCGAGGCCAUCAACAUUAACAGCAAUGACAGAGUAGUUGUAAAAAUACUGAAGCCUGUUAAGAAGAAGAAGAUUAAGCGUGAAAUCAAAAUUCUGGAGAACUUGAAGGGGGGGACCAACAUCAUUCGUCUUGUAGAUACAGUGAAGGACCCUGUGUCUAGAACACCUGCUCUUGUGUUCGACUACAUCAACAACACUGAUUUCAAGGACCUCUAUCAGAGACUAACAGAUUUUGAUAUCCGAUUUUAUUUGUAUGAACUUCUAAAGGCUCUGGACUACUCUCACAGCAUGGGCAUCAUGCAUCGUGAUGUCAAACCUCAUAAUGUCAUGAUAGACCACCAAAUGAGAAAGUUGCGGCUUAUAGAUUGGGGUCUUGCUGAGUUUUACCACCCUGCACAGGAAUACAACGUAAGGGUCGCCUCAAGGUCAUAUAAGGGACCAGAGUUGCUGGUUGACUAUCAGAUGUAUGAUUACAGUCUGGACAUGUGGAGCUUAGGCUGCAUGUUGGCCAGUAUGAUCUUCCAGAAAGAGCCAUUUUUCCAUGGUCAAGACAACUAUGACCAGCUGGUCCGAAUUGCAAAAGUCCUUGGAACAGAUGAGCUCUUCAGCUACCUGAACAAGUAUCACAUUGAGUUGGACACACGCUUCAAAGAUCUGCUCGGCCAGCAGACACGAAAGCGUUGGGAGAACUUUGUUCAGCCAGAGAAUCAGCACUUGGUGAGUCCAGAGGCUUUGGACAUGCUGGAUAAACUCCUGCGCUACGAUCAUCAACAGAGACUGACUGCCCAAGAGGCCAUGGAGCACCCCUACUUCUAUCCUGUGCUGAAGGGGCAGCCUCUGUCAAACUCGGAAGGCGCUCUGGCAAUAAGCAGCUCAACCACAACAUGAUGAGCUAAAAGCAGGAAAACCUUUUUACCUCAACAUGUCAUGCAGAGACAUUCUGCCUUUCAGGUGUGAAGCUUCCGUUUGCUGGAGCACGAAGUUAUUAAGCAACACAAGACAUGUACAGAAUGAACACAACGGACAUCAGUCCCUCCCCUACAUUCACUUUGUAUUAGUGCUGCUUGCCCCCAAGUACCAAACUGGUGGUUCUGUUUUCUUCCCCUCCCAUCCGCCCUCUUUUGAACAUCUCAACAUUUCUUUUUUGGAUCAACACUGAAUUAAGCUAUGAUAUAAGGACAGGGAAAGAAUGCCUGCUCUUUCCUCAUGACUCUCAGGCUAUAGAUGACUGACGGGGGUUCGGCGUCCUCGUUGCAUUAUGUACUGGAAGAUUGUGUUGUUCAGUGACUUGCCCUGCUGAUAUGAGCUCAGAUUAUAAACUAUAGUAUUGUCAGGUAUGGAGGCUUUACUGCAAUCUAUCAAGAAUUAUGAUAUAUUAAAUGAAACCGUUUUUAAUCAGUUUGACUUUAAUUUUUUAAGCACCAUACUCCGCAGACAUGUUAUCGGCUCAUGUGCAAUCUUUUUGCAUUUUCUGUGAUGAUUUUUAGGGAAAAUCUGCAUAAUUCUGUAGAAGGGAUUUAAAACAUCGCAAAAUGCAUCACAUGGACCUGAGAGUACUACACUCCUAUUGGUAGCUAAAAGCGUCACGAAAUUAGCCAAAAUAUUUCAUAAACAAACAUGCGGAAUGAGGAAUGCAUAGAACUUUUAUGAAUGACAGAUAUCGCAAAGUUUUCUGCUAAUUCUGCAGGCGCGUACUGUCUGGGCCUGUUUAUGAGUGAUAAUCGGCUGUGAAUGA